GGUGGUGGUGGUGGUGGUGGUGGUGGUGGUGGUGGUGGUGGUGGUAGAGAGGUGUGCAUCAGUCAUGGUGAAUGCGAUCCUCAGCUUAUGCGUCAUUUGCAUGCAUUGCAGACGCUUGUUACUGAAACGCAGAGACAACUUGAGUGUCGUAUGUCGAUUGACGCGUUUGUCUGCGCAGUCGUUGUUGCUGCCGAAGGUGCUCCUCCUCACACCUACUGGAAGUUCCUCAUAUGUCUCCGAACAGACGAAGGAAUGCAAUUGCUUCUCAAUGAGCCAUCCUCCUUAACAGCACCAACCAACAUUGGUCCUUGCCUUGCGGCAGUGAGGGCGAUGUGCUUUCCAGUAUAUGCUGCAUCACUCCUCGAAGCGUGGGAAGAGAAGUCUGCUACAAUCCCAGCAGAGCAAGGAACUGAGAUGUCGACAUCCCAAACAAAGGGCACAUCGAAAGUUGGCUUUGUGUUCGUGUUACUGGAAAUGCAGACAUCUGCACGACGUUGGUGGAGGCUCCGCAAUCGUGCCACUGGUUCACGAAAUAUUGUGGCAUCUUGA